AUGUUUCGUUUAGUAUCUGUCGAAUGUUAUGGAUGUAGAUACAAAGGAAAACCGAAUACCUAUUACGACGAUAACACAAAGCGGCCCGUUUUCAAUCAAUGUGGUCAUUCAUUGUGUACUGAAUGUGCAGAAGUUUUCCACAAUUGUCCAAUUUGUGAUAAAGAAAUCCAGACGAUUGAAAAUUUCACUGCGCGAAGUUUACUUGAUGACUAUAAGAGAGAUGCGAUGAGAAUUUUCAAAAACUGGUGGAAUGCAACAGGAAACGAGAGAGAAACUUGUACAAGAUGCUAUGAACCCUGUGAAAACCUACGAUUAUGUCUCAGUUGUUAUUCCUCGAAACUAGAUUUUAUUGUCGUUUAUGGUGAAGAGAAUGAGCAGAAACCAUGGAUGAACAGCGAAAUGAGACAGGAAAGGAGAAAACAAAUUGAAGCGUUCCGUGAUAAAUCGUUGUAUAGUGAAACGGACCCGGAUGCUGAUCCAGAAGAAAUCGAACUGAAGAUCUAUUUUCAUUGCGAUUUCUCCCUAUUCGCAAAUCUCGCUUGUUGUUCUAGCUGCAUUCUGGAUCAUCAUGGGGACCAUUUAGUAAAUACGAGAGAGGAAUUGGAACCAAUUAUGGACGUAUUCAAGCAGUCAGCAGCAAAGGUUGCAGUAGGAUUUCUUACUGACCAGAUAAAUCAAAUGAAGUCAAGUUGUAAGAUAAAAAUGAUGAGACUGCACAGAACUUGCGAAAUACUCUCUCAUUUUGCAAACAACUAUUUUCGUUCACCAGACGGAAAUCCCCGAGUUCCAGACAUUCAUAUCAGUCGUCGUUCUGCAUUGAAUAAAUUUUUCAAGCUACUUCCUUGGGAUAACCUAGACGGAAUCACACGUGGAGACGUUGAUGAAAUUAUUGAGAAUCUCGAAUAUCAAAUGAGCAAUCUGAACUGUUCAGAAGAGUGUCACUGUUCAGAAAUUUGGGAUGAAAUGCAAUUAUCAUUUUAUAGAAAUCAAAUUGAGCGAGAAUUCGCUAGAGUGAUUGAAGAACUAAAUAAUCAAAAAAUUAUAAAGUGUUCAUUCCCGGAACUUAAAUUUCAGAAAACUCGUGGAGAAGCUAUUCAGAUGUCCAAAUUAAAACUACCUUUGAUAUACACGGUCUUCUGCUGGAACUACAAAAACGAAAAAUUAUGUGGGAUGUUCGAUAAUCUGAAUCAUAAACCAUGUCGAUGUCCUAACUGUAAGAAACCAUCCUGCCUGGAAUGCUUGGAAUCAACUAAACGAUGUCCGUUUUGUGGAGUAUUAUAUGAGAGCAUACCAACGGAAUAUGAACCAGAAAUCAGCAACGAGACAUUGGAUCUUGUAAAUUUUUACAAGAAUAAUUUUCUUGAGCUUCUGAUAGAAUGGUGGCACUGUGAUGCAUCUAAACUUGGAUUCUGCUUGCAGUGCAAUUCAUUUUCUAACGAUUUGGAAAUUUGCGUCUUCUGCGAACUAGAUCAAAAACCAUCGGCUUUGAGAACAAAUACGAUGGGUCCAUAUCAUCGAUCCGAUUCUCUGUUUUACAAUUUCCGUGGUCUUAAAACACUUCCGAUCCGAUGGCAAUGUGCCGAUUGCAACCAACAGCUCAUUGAAAAUUGGGUUCAUAACUCUUGUGAAGAUUCUGUGUUGAAUGGAGUAUCCUGGAAACGUGGAUGUUCCCAUCUGAAUUCUCGUGUAUCUUUUUGCAAACUCAUAAGAGAAGACGGAUGUUCUUCCAAAGUUAUUGGGCUGAAGGAAAUUCAAAAAUAUGAAACCGCUAUGAAAGUUUCCACAAUUGGAUUAAUCCAUAAAAUAGCUGAAGUAGCAAUCAAAGAACAAGUGUUCUGUGAGUUCGAAAAAAUGCAAUUUUUGAAAACUCUGGGUAUGGUGACUACUAGAAUGCAUCAGUGUUUCCUGAACUCCAGAAAACCGCACAGUCAAAAAAUGGAAAUUUCAAAUCAACUGGAACAAUUCCAAACCAAAUGGCUUAACUAUCAGGAUAAUCAAACAAAAUGUGACUGCAGUUUGAAUGAAACUGAAAACCGUGGGAAAUACAGGAAAAAACGGAAAGUGUUUUUAAAAUCAUUCAAAGACCAAUUAACUGAUAUAUGCCCUUUCAAAUCUUGUGGUGAUGCAGGCAAUUCGUAUAACUUUGACGACGAAGAAGCAGGAGAGGAAUUUGAAAUUUUCUGGAGAAGAAAGCCAUGUAUCGGCUCAUGUGGCCACUCAAUUUGUUUAGAAUGUGUUGAUAAAAAUGUGAACAGAAAGUGUCCGGUAUGUGAAAAAAGCAAAGCAUUCGUCAACAAGACCAUCAACUAUUCGUCUUUGCAACUUAUCGAGGACUCUAAAAAGAACUAUUGGGAUUUUAUGAAAAAGUGGUGGAGUGGAACUGGCACCGGUAAAGUGUCUUGUUCAAAAUGCUCCAAACAAGCAUCCAUCCCGCGGAUAUGUUUAACUUGUGACGAAAACCAUUGCUGUCAAAGAGGAAGACGUGGAGCGUAUAGACUGAGACUGCGACGGAAUAUCGAUCUGCUGAAUCUCGCAACACAAGUUAUUUGUACCGAUUGUGCUCUUACAUAUCAUGAGGAACACGUAACUAUUAGGCUGGACCGAAUGGAUUACUUUGAAGAGGACUUGAAAAUGGCAACGUCCGAAAUAAUUUUGAAAUUGUUUCGAGAUUGGAUGAAGGAAAAAGAAACGAAUACUACAUGCAAACUACGGCAUAUAAGAAUUGAAUUGAGUGGUCGUUUUCUAUGGAAAGCGUUCGAAGAAAAUACUCAAUCGAGAGAAGGUCAAUGUGGAUGGCUUUUAGAACAGAUAAAAAUAAAUUUUAUCAAAAAAGGGAUUGCAAACUUGGAUAGACAACUGGAACAGCUUUCUAUGAUAACCGAAGAAUGUGAAUGUAAUCGACUCUAUGGGCAGAUGGUGAAAACGGGAUAUCGAUCACCAGGAGGCAUACAGUACGAUUUCGAGAUUUUUGCAGUUCAUUGCAUUGAGAGCGAGAAAUUGGGAUGCCCGUUGUAUUUUGAACCAAAUGAAAGUAAUUAUCAGAAGCUGAUCGGCAAAACAGGACAAAUGGCUUCAGUCAGCUCGAAAACUUUGAUUCCACUAACCGAUUAUAAUGAGAACUGUCCUUUAUGCGUUCUUUUGGGUUUGUUUUUCGAUUCAAGAUACCACAACUCUCUUAACUCUCAGGGCAUCAAGAAACAAAGAAGAAACGUCUGGAAUCCUAUGCCACCAAUUGUAUCGAAAUAUACGAAAACUGGUGGAAAAGUGAAAUGGUAUGAUGAAUUGUAG